UUAGCCGUUUGUGGGUGCGAUUGUUAGAAAGAAUUGAGGAUGCUAAAAUACAUAUUUGUACACAAAGAAAUACUUAUUUGUUCACACAUACUCUUCAGGGAGCACAAUGAGCUGAGUCCAGUGAGGAUCCUCAGGCCAGACUUUUCAUGCUGCUGCAGAACUGGACCCAGUAGCUUGGAAACAGGGUUGUGUCAGGAAGGACAUCCGGCGUAAAAACUCUGCCAAAACACCUGUGUGGAUCAGUGGUUAUGGUGACCCCUGAAGGUACACGGCAAAAGGUGAAAAACAAUAACAUAAUACUCAUUUGUGUUUGCUAAAUAAGUAUUUUGUGGCCACAAAUUAUUAAUUUUAGUUAUAAUUAAGUGCAAAGGGGACGGAGUGAUCCAAGCAGCUCCAAAUAUAUUUUCCUUUCUGUCAUUUAGUUAUUCAUGAUUUUAUUUGACAAGUAAUUAUUUUUUGUAUUUUUUUUUAUAUAAAACAUAUUUUAAAGUUAGGAUUUGGAAAGGCUUAAACUUCAUAAUUUAAUCAUUAUUAGUAAUAGAAAAUAAUGAACGUUUCCUGUUCUUUCACCAGUUUAUUGAUGUUUUCCAUUUGGAUCUUGCAGUUAGAAUUUUAAAUAAUUGACGUUUAAAUGUCAAUUUGCCAUGAUUGAGUGUUAAAAUAGUUAAAAUGAAAGAAGAUGUGAUAGUUUGCUCGAUAAAAACUCCUUAAUCUUUGAGGGAAUUCCUGUCUGGCUGCAGCGCUCUGCGUGCUGCUGCUCUGGUCUGUACAGCUGCAGUGCAGAGGCUCUUCAGGCUGAACCAGUCGAGUUCAGAGAGGCUGAUCCUUCCUCUGUGUGUGCUGUGGAGGAGCAGAUGGCAGUAAAAUUAGCCCUGAAUUGACUGCCCAUCCCUCCUCCUGGUAUAUUAAAGCCAAGUUAAAGACUGUUCUCAUGACUGUCUAUAUUUAUCCUCCUUCUACCCCGCAGCAUCUGUUUUCCUUCUUCACCAUCUCUUUCCAACCUCCUCAUUUCAUUUUGUCCCUUUUUUCUCCUCCUCCCCUCCCACUCUGUUCCUCAGUGGCAACACUACGACUGCCUGCGUCAGCCAGGCUUCGCCGCUCACUGGCGCUGCUGCUGCCUUAUCCUGCAGAGUGUGUGUGAGUGUGUGUGUGAGUGUGUGCACAGAUGGGAGAAUGAGUGAGUCAGGGAAGGCUGCCUCUCAUCUGCGCUGUCAUCACCCGCCUUCACUCUCCCUCCUUCUCCUCCUCUGCUGCCAUGGAGCUCCAUCACGCUGAAUCUCAAGCACAUCCACAGGAAGGGCUGAGCAGGUAGACUGGUGUGACUGAGAGGAGCUGCAGCCACCAUGAGGAGAGCUUCUCCAGCGACGUGGACGUCGGGCUCUGCGGUCGUGUUCUUCAACACGCUGGCUCUGUCCUGGACAGAUUUCGUUGCACUCACAGGUGCAACCGAGUCGGUUCCUAAAAUCAACGGCCAGCACGAGGCGGCCGUGACGCUGCAGGAGAACACCACGCUGAAGUUCAACUGUCAGACCGACGGCUGGGACCCCCGCGCCCCUCCGCUGCUGACCUGGUAUCUGAACGGGGUGCAGCAGAAAGAGCCGCCGUCGCACAGGGGUCGUCUGACCCCAAUGUCCAAGAAGGACUCGAAGGUCAUCCGACCCGGGACCCAUCAGAACAGCACCUUCUCUCUGCGGGCCAGAAAGUGGGACAGGGAGCUGGUAUGCGUGGCGUUGAACCCCAGCACGGGACAGAGCUACAAUGCAACCAUCACACUCAACGUCCAGUUCCAGCCGGAGAUCCUCAGGGUGAACGCUCACUACACUGAAACCUCAGACCCGGGCCUCUCCCUGGUCCUCUUUGCCUUGGUUCGGUCCAACCCGCCAGCCACCAUUUCCUUUGUGGACCAGCUGGGCCAGCCUGUGGCCAACACCUCCGACCUGCUGACUCUGGACGCACGCAGAUACCCCUGGCUGAACAACCACACUCUGAGGGUCCGACUCAGCAGCCUAUCAGGGAACAUCUCACUGAACGCCAGCAACAGCGUGGGAGCGGUGCAGAGCAACCUGACUCUGGCAGAGUUCCUGCAGUCCCGUGUGGAGGUGCCCAUGCUGGGAAUCGUGACCGGAGGAGCCAUGGCCUUCAUGGCCCUUCUCAUCCUCAGCCUGAUAGUUCUCUGCCUCAUGCAAAAAAACAAGACCAAGUCUUUUGAUGAACCCGUUGAGAUUGUAAUGACAACCAAAAGUGACUCUGCAAAUCUGAAGAUAGGCAGAUCAAACAAGACCCACAUCCCCAGAGAGAACAUGUCUCUGCCUUCAAACAUGCAGCUUAAUGACCUCAGCACUUUACGGAGAGCCCGCCAGGCAGCUCUGCAGAACAGAGUGGGAGAGAGAGAUGAAGAGGAGGAGGAAGAUCUGUCAUUAGCCUAUGCAGCAAGAGGUUUUGCCAGGUAUCCCAUGGUGGGCUACAUCUACAAAGUGAACAGCACAAGCAGUGAGGAGAUCUGGCUCUGACGGCUCCAGAUGGUGGACUGACCCUACAUGCAUGCAAGACUACUUUAACAUGAGCAGAAUCAACUCGGAUGGGACGAAAGCUGGAACCAGGAGUGACCUGUUCUUAGAGAUGGACAUCUUCAUUUAUAGACCCACUCCGAUCAUGUUUGUCUGCAAGUGGAUGCAUCAGAAUGAAGCCCAGUGAGUGUUCUACAUCACAAAUACCAUCAAUUUCAGACUAUCUGCUCCUGAUUUACAAUCAUUUGAAUGAAUUGCGCUUCAUUUUCUUUAUAUAUGUCUUCUAUCGUCAGAAAAACGCUACAGGAACAUGUUAAAAACACUAGAGUGGGUCUUCAAGUUGAUGUCUGUACCAUACAGUGAAUGCAGUACGUGAGUGUUUGCGCAUCAUGUCCUGUGUCCGUGUGCUAAAAGGGAAUGCAGCUAACUCCAGAAUGUGUCUGUAUCUGAAUGAUGCAUAAAUAUAUAAAUCUGUGUAUAUUUGUGAGCAAGCAUUGUGUCAUUUCCUGUAUAUUUGUAUGUGUACAACAGAGGACGACGAAUAAAGAAAGAAAAAAUUCAA